GCCUGUUAGUGCAGAUCCCAGGGUGCAGUGGGAGCGUUAGAAUGGCGGCUGCGUCGGUGCGGGUUUACAUGGAGUCGCUCUGGCGGGAAUUGGAGGGCUAUCAGGACCCUAACGUGCUCGGAAUCUUCGUUGCUUUAGUAGUGGUACUGCUCACCAUGGUUUUCUUCGUGCUGUUACGGAACAGGAAGAGCAGUCGCAGAGCAAUUCUUCUAACGGGUUUGUGUGAUUCCGGGAAGACUUUGUUGUGCUGCAGGCUACUGUCAAGGAAAUUUAUGGUGACGCAUACAUCCAUAACCAGUAACUCUGCAUUGUACAAACCUAAAGGUGACAAGGCCCCUGCACUUACUUUGCACGAUCUGCCUGGUCAUGAAAGUCUGCGUCAUCAGUAUUUGGAGAAACACAAGAAUGAUGCCAGAGCUAUUGUCUUUGUAGUGGACAGUGUGUCAUUUCAAAAGGAGCUGAAGGAUGUCGCUGAGUUCCUCUACAUGAUGCUGACCGAUGCAGUGAUUGUGAAGAAUGCACCACCACUUCUGAUAGCUUGCAACAAGCAAGAUGUGACCAUGGCCAAAUCUGCAAAAUUAAUUCAGCAACAACUGGAAAAGGAGCUAAACACUCUGAGGACAAUUCGCUCUGGUGUACCAAAGUCCUUGGAUGGAUCUGGCAUUGCUGGCUCUGUACCCUUGGGAAAGAAGGGAAAAGAUUAUGAUUUCUCUCAGGGGCCUAUGAAGGUGGAGUUUGCAGAGUGCAGUGCAAGAGGCAACAAAGGAAGUGAUGGCGAGGUGGACUUAAGCACUAUAGAAGCUUGGCUUGUUAAAGUAGCGUGAGGCGUUAUAAAAAGGCACGUGCAUGAGGAUGAUGGUUCACGUGUACUGAGACUGUCCAAGAAUUGAAGGGUCAAGCUCUUGAUGCUGAAGGUUUGAAGAAAUGUGGAUAUUGGCUACUUGGUGCUUGCUGUAUCUGCUUGCCUUGAGUUAAUGUGACUGUUAUUUCCAACAUUGAUGUAAUCAGUGCUUUUCUGUUGCUGGGUGAAUUAGCAACACAUCUUGUUCAUUCAUAAUCAAAUAAAAUAAUAGAUACAACAUGA